AUGCCGGCACCGGCUGGGACAUCGCCGCCCUCUCAGAUGCUGACCCCGAGUACUCUGGCAGCUGCGGGCGCUGCUAUGAAGGUAGUGGCCUGCGUCGACAGCAACGUGCGCGACGGCUACGGAAACGAGGUGCCGCGCAGCAGCGCCUGCUAUGACACUUCCAAGACCGUGAAGAUCAUGAUCACCGACUCAUGCCCCUGCAACUAUCCCGCCAAUGCCUACAGCAACAAGCGGUGGUGCUGCGGCGACCAGCGCCACAUGGAUCUGUCCUACACCGCCUUCAGGAAGCUGACCAGCGAGGGCAACGGCGUCAUCGCCGUCAAGUGGCGCCGCGUCGCCUGCCCCGCCGGGUCGCCCACCAAGCCCAAGUGCAACCACCUUUCCUCCUGCUUCAACACUGACUCGUGGACCGACAGCUCCAGCAGCAGCAGCUCCAGCUCCAGCAGCAGCAGUAGCAGUAGCAGCAGCAGCAGUAGCAGUAGCAGCAGCAGUGGCAGCUGGGUGUGGGAUGAGGGCAGCAAGACCUCCAAGUGGGUCAACGGACAGAACAGCGGCGCCUCCGCAUCAGCCCAGGCCUCCAGCAGCGGCGGCGGCUCGUCGUCUUCCUCCGCCUCCUCCUCAUCCGGCGGCGGCUUCUGGGGCUGGGACAGCAAGAUCGGCAAGUCCAUCUGGGUUAACAGCGGGUCGAGCGGCGGCGGCGGCGGCAGCAGCAGCGGCGGCAGCGGCGGCGGCUUCUGGGGCUGGGACUACUCCGCAGGCAAGUCCAAGUGGAUGGACGGCUCGAUGUUUGGCUCUCACAAUCGCCGGCACCUCCUGGGCUUCAGGGGCCCCGCUGGCCGUGCCGCAUGA